UUAAUCUACUUUUCUCUUCUGCUAAUUUUGAAGUGAACCAUGACUAUUUGUAUGGCUACCGAGAACAAUAUAGUGAAAGGACUGAUCAGCCAUUUCAGCCAGAUCUUAGCACUAAUAUGAUGUAUUAUUAUGAUGAUGGAACAGGAGUGCAGAUGUAUUCUGUGGAUGAAACAUUGCUUAAAGAAUACAUUAAACGCCAAAUUGAGUAUUAUUUUAGUGUAGAAAACCUGGAAAGAGACUUCUUCUUGAGAAGGAAGAUGGACCAGCAAGGAUUCUUGCCUAUAUCUUUGAUUGCAAGCUUCCAUCGUGUGCAAGCUCUCACUACAAAUGUAAACUUAAUAUUAGAGGCCUUAAAGGACAGUACUGAAAUAGAAAUAGUAGAUCAGAAGAUGAGGAAAAGGAUAGAACCAGAAAAAUGGCCAAUUCCAGGUCCCUCUCCACGUAGUCUUCCACACACAGAUUUUUCUCAGCUUAUUAACUGUCCAGAGUUCAUACCAGGGCAGAUUUUUGGUUCACAUACAGAGUCUGCACCAAGUUCUCCAAGAAUAGGAAGUCUAAAUACUAAGAAAAGCAUUGACAUAAGCAAUCUUGAAGUAAUAUCCAAAGCAUUAUCUACAAGCCUCCCGGAUUUGGAUUCUGAACCUUGGAUAGAAGUUAAAAAAAGACAUCGUCCCAACUUAGUUAAGCCAAAGGAAUCUGGGUCUGGACGUGAAGAAUUGACAAAUCAACAACCGCCACCACCAUCUUCUGAAGAACAAGAAGAACUUGAUUUUUUGUUUGAUGAAGAGAUGGAACAAAUAGAAGGCAGGAAGAAUACAUUCACAGAAUGGUCAGAAAGUGAUUCAGAUUAUGAAAUAGAUGAUCAAGACUUAAAUAAGAUUUUGAUUGUGACACAGACCCCACCAUAUAUGAGAAAACAUCCUGGAGGAGAUAGAACUGGCAACCAUGUGUCACGUGCAAAAAUUACAUCAGAACUUGCCAAAGUUAUUAAUGAUGGAUUAUACUAUUAUGAACAGGAUUUGUGGAUGGAGCCAAGUGAAAAUGAUUGUAUUGCUAUGAAGCAAGAAGUUGAAAAUUUUAAGAAGUUACAUCUCAUCAGCAAAGAGGAAUUUGACAGUCUUACUCCUGAAUAUGUAAUGGAUUCAAAUCAGGAUGAUUCUCCUCGUCCUUCAAAAAAUGUUACUGAAGAGCUGGCUUUUCAACUGUUUGGUGUCCAGCAAAUACCUCCAACAACAAUGGCUCGCUCACUGCCAACAGCUGUUCCUGAAUCUCUUGGAAUUCACCCUACCAGAACACCUAAAACACCUCGUACACCAAGACUGCAAGAUCCUAACAAAACACCAAGAUUCUAUCCUGUGGUUAAAGAAGCAAGAAUUAUUGAUGUUGGGACACGAAGGAAAAGAAAAACACGGCAUAGUACCAACCCUCCAUUAGAAAGCCAUGUUGGCUGGGUAAUGGAUUCCAAGGAUCACAGACCAAGAACAUCUUCCAUAAGCAGUUCAAACGCAUCACCACUAGAAGGUGCUCCGCUAUCAGGAAGUUAUGGAUGUACCCCACAUUCACUUCCUAAAUUUCAACAUCCUUCUCAUGAACUGCUGAAGGAAAAUGGUUUUACUCAGCAAGUGUACCAUAAAUACCGCCGUAGAUGCCUAAAUGAAAGGAAACGGUUGGGAAUUGGCCAGUCUCAAGAAAUGAAUACACUUUUUCGUUUUUGGUCCUUUUUUCUCAGAGACCACUUUAAUAAGAAAAUGUAUGAAGAAUUCAGGCAACUAGCUCUAGAUGAUGCAAGAGAACAUUAUAGGUAUGGCCUGGAAUGCUUGUUCCGUUUUUAUAGUUAUGGGCUGGAGAAGAAGUUCAGACAAGAGAUCUUCAAAGAUUUCCAAGAAGAAACAAAAAGAGAUUAUGAAUCUGGCCAACUUUAUGGGCUAGAAAAAUUUUGGGCUUAUCUGAAAUAUUCACAGUCUAAAACUCCACCUAUUGAUCCCAAACUUCAGGAAUACCUAUGCAAUUUUAAAAGAUUGGAAGAUUUCAGAGUUGAUCCUCCGAUUAAUGAAGAAUCUGGGAGAAAAAGGCAUUUACCUGGUGAGGAAAGUGAUCAUCGCAGACAUCAAUCCAACACUGCUUCCAAGAUCCUUGCUGGUAAUUCCACAGCUGUUUCUCAGACGUGGGUCCCAAUAAAUUUUCCCACUACAAAUACUUUACAGGAGUUGAAUAACAGCAUACACCAGAAUAGUACUGCCACAAAAUCAAGAUGUGAUAUAACUGAGCAGUAGACUUUCAGUAAGCUUGAACCUUAAGAUCAACUCCUAAUGCCAGUAUUUUAGCUCAAGGAUCUUCAGGGAGAGCUAUUUUAAAGCUUGAUUAAAAACAAAUGUAUAGGAAAAAAAAGAAUUGCAUCUGCUUUCUGACAAGAUUAAAUUCCAAGUAAAUUCCCUUUGUUCAAUUAUAUUGAGUUCAAGCAUCAUGAGAGAUCCUUGGGAAAUACCUAUUACUCUGUGUUCCUAUCCCAAGUUACUGUUUACAGCAGCAGCAUUCCAAUAGUAUAUACAUAAAUACUUUGGAAUAUCUUACAAUCCAGCUCAUAUUUUUUUGAAGAAGUUAUAUUCUUUUUGUAGUGUAGGAAUGUUUUACCGUCAGGUUAUCAAUCAUUUGUUCUACUUAUAAAAGCCAAAAAGAAAAUAGUUUUGAGAGAUAUACAGAAUACAUGCAUUUUAAUUGAUAAAUGCAUUUUUUCAAUAAUAACACAUGCUCUUCCAACAUCUAGUUCUGAAAUCUGUUUUGCUUUCUGUUUCUUUUGUUUCAGGGUUUUGAGUUCAGUAUGGAGUUUUUAAUUUAGGAACAGGUUGUUUAGUUUUAAAGAUUUUUUUAAUGCAGAUUCUACUUAAUCAAAGUAGUCUGCAAAGAGGAUGAAUUAUGACUGUCUUGUCAUAAACUUAGUUUUAUUUAUAUAUAUAUAUAUAUAUAUAUAUAUAUAUAUAUAUAUAUAUAUAUAUAUAUA